CCCACUCUCCUCCCAGGCCCUUUGAAGAGCCUGCACGGCCGGCUGCCCCCCUGAGCCGGAAAGCUAUUGGGUGAUAAGCAGCAGCAGGCUCACAUUACUGCCAGGAGAAAGGGACGAGGGUGGGGGAGUGAGAGAGAGAGAGAGAGGAGGCAUUUUGGCGCGAAAGAAGCAGCACCUCCCAAGUAGGAUGGGUUACUGCACCAGGGGGAGGAGGUGGGGUGAAAUUGGGACUUGUCUCUUCUCCCUGUCUGUUUUUUUUCUCCCUGCAAUCUCCCCCUCCUCCUUUCUCCCGGGUGUGUCAGUUUUGGCUUUUUUUUUUUUUUUUUAGUUAAUAAUAUCCAAGAGUUGGAAAGUGCACUCAGUUAGUAGGAGUGUGCAGUGGCAGGGUGCAGGAGGGUGCACUCACUGCCAGUGACAAGUGGGAUUCCCCCAGUCUAAGUUACUGCAUGCCAGACAAGAGCAGCUCCAGGGACAGAUAGCGGCUGGCUGGCCCUUCACAUAACCCAGCUCUGGUCAUACAUCAGUGCUCAGUGCUAAGAGGAAGCUGGAAGAUGCCCGGGGUGGUGAGCAAGAAUCCAGACCUGGAGUUUGACUCCUUGCAGCCGUGCUUCUACCCAGACGAGGAUGAUUUUUAUCUGUGUGGCCCGGACUGUGCUCCCCCAGGAGAAGACAUCUGGAAGAAGUUUGAGUUGCUCCCCACACCUCCCCUCUCCCCUAGUCGCGCAGGGCUACAGAGUGACCCUCUGUCUCCUGGGCAGGGACCCUUGCUAGAGUAUGGGUUGCAUGGUGAUGGGGAUGCUUUGGACUGGGCAUCGGAGCUUCUGCUGCUCCCCCCUGAAGCUGACUUGCUCGGGGGCUCUGGCUGGGGUUUGCCACAGAGUACAGAGCUGGGUUUGUCCCCCAGCAACAUCAAGUCCAUUAUCAUCCAGGACUGUAUGUGGAGUGGCUUUUCUGCCAGGGAAAAGCUGGAAAGGGCAGUCAACGAGAAGCUGGGGAAAGCUGCAGGGGCCGUAGAGUCUGGAGCCCCUAAUCCAACUGGAACCCCUGCUGCCAGCAGCGUACCUGUGCAAGGAGAGGAUUUAAACAACCCUGCUUCCCACUGCGUGGAUCCAGCUGUCGUUUUCCCAUUUCCGAUCAACAAGGGAGAGAGCUGCAGAAUUGGUCAGGCUAACCCACCCAUCAGUGCCAUAUCUUCACCCUGCACAUCCCUCGUUGUAUCAUCUUCCGCACCAGCCAGAAGCUGCAACCAGCCGUGCCCAACCAGUGCCAGCUCUGGAGAUGAGAGCCAUAGUGAAUCUGAUGAUGAUGAAGAUGAUGAUGAAGAUGACGAGGAAGAAAUUGAUGUUGUCACAGUGGAGAAGAGGCGCACCAUGUCCAACAGGCAGGUCUCGUCCCCCACCGCGUUGCGAUCCAAGACCGCCAACUCCGCCUCUGGGAAGAACCUCCCCACCGAACUUGCCCUCAAGCGAUGUGCCCCGGUUCACCAGCAGCACAACUAUGCCGCUCCCUCGCCGUAUGUGGAGACUGAAGAAGUGUCGCCACCUCAAAAGAAGCAUAGAAACGAAACGCCUCGGCUGGCGAAGGGCGCAGCACAACCAAAGUCUAAAAGCUCCAGCCCCCGUAACUACGACUCUGAAGACAGCGAGCGGAGGCGCAACCACAAUAUUUUAGAACGCCAGCGCCGCAACGACUUGAGGUCGAGCUUCCUCACCUUAAGGGACCAUGUACCCGAACUUGUAAAAAACGACAAAGCCGCUAAAGUCGUCAUUCUUAAAAAAGCCACCGAGUAUGUCCAUUCUCUUCAGGACGACGAAGAGAAAUUGUUAUUGGAGAAAGAGAAAUUGCAACUCCGACAGCAACAGCUGAUCAAGAAAAUCGAAAACUCACGGACUUGCUAAAUUUUUGUCCUUUUUUUUUUGUUUUUACUUUUUUUCUUCUGAACUUUCACUGCCACUUUGCACAAUAUUUGAUUCUUUAAAUAUAAAAAAACAAACCAGAAAAAAAAGUGUUUUGACAUUACGAAUGUUGGUUUAAUUUCAGUUCACUCUACAGUUGAAAAUACUUUUUUAUGUUUUUUCUUGUGUUUCAUUGUUUCAGAAUCAGAUGAUAUUUUUGAGGAGUUGAAUAGACUGCCAAAUUAUUUACUGUUUUAUUAUAAAAAAAAAAUAUUUUUUUUUUAUAUACUAUACGCAUUUUUUUUCUAGCUGUUUUCAUGUUGUGAGCUUUUUAUUUUGAGCUGCUGGGUUUUUUUUGUUUUGUUUUAUCUUUUUUGUACGAUUCUAUUUUUGUUUUAUGGUGCUCAAGUUUGUAACUGAUGUUACUUUUCUGGGGUUAGCACUUAUACCUCUGGAGGAACCUAUGUAUAUACCAUUAAUACUCCUUGCCUUUUUGUACAAGUUUUCUUGGGCUAUGCUGGGUAGCUCUCAACUACCGAUAUUAGACUGGAAAUUCAGACCUAAGUACUGUAACACCUCAAUGUUUGAGGAGCAUGUUUUGUAUACAAAUAUAUUGUUAAUCUCUUGUUAUGUACUGGACUAAUUCUUACACUGCCUGUAUACUUUAGUAUGACGCUGAUACAUAACUAAAUUUGAUACUUAUAUUUUCGUAUGAAAAUGAGUUGUGAAAAGUUUUUGAGUAGAUAUUACUGUAUCACCUUUUUGAACAAAGAACUUUUUUUGUAAAGAAAAUUAUUAUAUAUGCCUUUUUUUCUUAGCCUGUUUUGUUCCUGUUUUAUCGUAUUUGUUUACGUUUGGCGCAUAGAACUGGAAGAUAUCGGAGUUCUGUGGUCUUUUUCUCUGUUUGUUUAUUCGUUGUUUAUGUUUUUUAUUCAUUCUUUUUUCAACCAAUGUAAAUUUUUAGUGCUUCAUCUUCUAGCACUUUGAAAUACCUCAUGUUUAUUAAAUAAAAUAGCGACAAACGUUAA